UGAUUUGGCAAAAACUAUACUGUGCCAUGGCACUUCUUCUGGGUGGGAACCACACUGCAGUGACAGAGUUCAUUUUAUUGGGUUUAACAGAUGACCCAGUCCUCAGAGUCAUCCUCUUCACCAUCAUCCUGUGCAUCUACCUGGUGACUGUGUCUGGCAACUUCAGCACCAUCCUUCUCAUCAGAGUCUCUUCCCAGCUCCAUCACCCCAUGUACUUUUUCCUCAGCCACUUGGCUUCUGUAGACAUAGGCCUUUCAUCUUCUGUCACACCCAAUAUGCUUGUCAACUUCCUGCUGGAGAGAAGCACAAUCUCCUACACUGGAUGUGGCAUCCAGCUUGGCUCAGCUGAUUUCAUUGCAUCUGUUGAAUGCUUCCUUCUGGCUGUCAUGGCUUAUGAUCGCUUCAUGGCAGUCUGCAACCCACUGCUUUAUUCCACCAAGAUGUCCACACAAGUCUGUAUCCAGUUGGUUGUGGGAUCUUAUGUAGGGGGGUUCCUUAAUGCUUCCCUCAUCAUCACAUCUUACUUUUUCUCUUUUCUCUUCUGUGGACCAAAUAGAAUCGAUCAUUUUUUCUGUGAUUUUGCUCCUUUGGCAGAACUCUCCUGUUCUGAUGUCAGUGUCUCUGUACUUCUUAUCUCAUUUUCAGCUGGCUCAGUUACUAUGAUUACAGUGUUUGUCAUAGCCAUCUCCUAUUCCUACAUCCUCAUCACCAUCCUGAAGAUGCACUCUACUGAGGGUCGAUACAAGGCCUUCUCCACCUGUACCUCCCACCUUACUGCAGUCACUCUCUAUUAUGGAACCAUUACCUUUAUUUAUGUGAUGCCCAAGUCCAGCUACUCCACAGACCAGAACAAGGUGGUGUCUCUGUUCUAUAUGGUGGUGAUCCCCAUGUUGAAUCCACUCAUCUACAGCCUUAGUAAUAAUGAAAUUAAAGGUGCUCUGAAGAGACAGCUUAGUAUGAGAAUGUUCUCUUAGAAUAAUCUGUUCUUUUGUACUACAAUAUAAUGACUGCAAUUAUGCAGAUGAAUAUAAACAACAUCUCAGGUUUG